CACGGUAGGUUGAGGCACGUGAGGUCCAUACUCCAUAGAAAUUUUGACAGCUUCACAGGUGAGAGAAGCGGCUAAAGGCUGUCACUUUUUACAUUUCUAUCUCAUCCCCCGGAUCUCCGUUCACUGUGAGUCUGGGGUUGCCACAGUCAAAAAACAACCACUCGAAGACUAAUCAUUCCGGCAGCAUGAGCAAAAAGAAAAAGGACUGGAAGACCGAAAAAGAGAGACUUCUCCAAAUGGAACGGGAAGAGAGGCGCAAGGAGGGCUAUCGUCGUCAAGAUUAUAUAAGUCUGGACAAGAUACCGACUUGGAGAGAAGAUAAUUAUGCUGAGAGCAAAGAAGAAGGGGGACUUUUGACCGGCGGAGGAGGACUGAAUGAUAAAGUAUCUCUCUACAAAGGAGACAUAACUGUCCUGGAGUUGGAUGCCAUUGUCAAUGCUGCAAAUUCCAGUCUUCUGGGAGGAGGUGGUGUCGACGGUUGCAUACACAAAGCGGCAGGUCCCUGUCUCUAUGAUGAGUGUCAAACACUAAAUGGCUGCGAUACCGGCAAAGCCAAGAUCACCUGCGGCUAUGAUCUUCCUGCAAGAUUUGUGAUCCACACUGUGGGUCCGGUGGCCAGAGGUCAUGUGGGCCCCACCGAGACCAACGAUCUUACAUCUUGUUACCAGAACUCCCUCAGGCUGGUGAAGGAGUAUGGCUUGAGCACUGUGGCCUUCCCAUGUAUAUCCACAGGAAUCUACGGCUUUCCCAAUGAUCCUGCAGCUGACAUCGCCCUGAACACAGUCAAACGAUGGAUUGAAGAGAAUCCUAAUUCGAUCACACGAGUCAUUUUCUGUGUCUUCCUUGAAACGGACUUUACCAUCUACAAGAAGAAGAUGUCGUUUGUUUUUCAAGAUAACACACCACCAUCAUUUAAAUCAACAACCAAGGAUGACAUCGACAGCAACAAAGGAAAGGAGGAAGCAGGUGAUGAAGACGAAGAUGACAAUGAUGCAGAAGGAACUGAAGACGUGGUGAUGGAGAGUCAGAACCCAGAUGAAGAUUUGGGCCAAGAGGAGAUGAGUCAAGAUAGAGUUGAAGAUCAAAAUAAGAACCAAGACACUGACGUCGAUAAAAAAGAAGAAGAAGACACAACUUCUGACAGAAAGGAGAAAGAUGAAGUUGAAGAAGAGCAAACUGCUCCAAAGACGGAUGAUAAAGACACGGGAAAGGCCACUGUACAGAUGGAAGAUGUCUCUGAGAUGGCUGAGACUGGCACCAGCAAUGGAGAGGACGAAAAAGAUCCAGUUGAGAGCUCAGAGGAACCGACAUCCACUCAGACUGACAGCAUCGAGUCCAAAGACGCUGCUGAGAAGAAAGAAUGACCGCCCGGGGGAAGGACAAUCAACUUCAUCUGACAGCCAGCAAGCUGAGCGAAGGCCAUUCACAACUGUGUCAGACAAAGCCAAUGGCGGUCCGAGCGCUGUCACAGUUCCAGGACAUAUUCAGUCAACGUUCACAUUUCCAAUUUCAUUCAGUUCUUUCUAGUCAAUACGCCCCCGAGCUCUGACGUCACGGCGUUUUUGGAAACCUUUCCGGGAAGACUUAAAACAUAUCAACCAGAAAAGAUGAGCCAUACCUCACUGUGUCAUCACGUUGUUAUUGUGCCAGUCGAAUGUGAUCAAGUUUCUUAGUCCGAGCCACACCCACUAGGGGAGCAUGUUGGCACUCCAGGCUGGGUGAUGCGUCACACUCGUCGAAGUCUACAAAUCUCCAUCUGUAUAUGCCGUAAACGUCCGUGCGAGCUCCCUUGCUGAGCCACACCAGCCGGUACCAUGAUGAUAACACCAAGGUCUCUCUUAGACCACGUCUGAACUUGUCUAUUCACCGCUCAACUUUGUUUUUGUUUUUUUCAAUUCAUCUACAUCUACGCACGCUUAAAAAAAGGAUGUGAUUGUCUUCUAACAAAUGGACCAGCCCACUUCCUUUCCCACCUACUUGGUCUUUUCUUCACCAUUCUCGAUGCAUGCCAGCAUUUUGCUUUGAACAAAAGUUAUGAUCAUUUUGCUUGUCUCCUUAUCAGAUUGUCUAAUUAUACUGAAGAAUCUGCCUUAUUUCACAUCAAAUGGUUUGAAUAUGAAUCAUAGGUUUUUAUUUUUUAUUAUUAGAUUACAUUGUGUAGUACGUGUAAUCCUCGUCAUUUGUCGAUUUUUAGUUAGAGUAAUGAUCUGUAUGAUUUACGACGCACCUUCAGUGGUGCCACACUGAAGAUCAAAUGGGUUACGGUCUAUGAAAUGAUGCCUUCAUAAUUUGACGUUUGCUUUGCUAAAUAUAACUGUAAGAACUAAUAAAAAUUCAAGUGAGA